AUGAACUUCUACAAACAGAAACGGUUCAUCUGCGAAAUAACCGGCCAUUCCUCCCUUACUUUUUUUGAGGCUCUAAGAAGUGAAGAUUUUAAACAAGACUUUUACCCUGGCGAACGCGUUACUGUCCUCCUUACCAACGGAACCCGCCUACAGGGCAUCGUUCGGGAAAAGGCCCGGUUCCCCGAAUUAAUGAAUCAAAAUGGUUCUAUAGAGCGAAGAGCGUCGUCGAGAUACUUGGUAAAGCUGGUGAGCCGGCCAAAUGAGGAGGCGCUGCUGGACGAUGAACACCUGGCCCGUGACAGGAAAAUCUUUACCAAACAGAUGCUGCGUUCAUUCAUCAGGAAUACUGUAACAAGAGAAUCGUGGACGGGUGCGCCGUGGCUGGUCAAACCACAUAUCGCCCAUGAAUACCGGAUCGAUACUGAAGUCCCGAAACAUCUCCAAUAUGGAAAUAGGGUCGGAGGGAAGAAAGCUAACGUGGCUGCUGGUAAAGAAGAAGACGAAAGCCUCUUUGGAUUCUUUUAUUCCAAACAACGAUGGCCGAACCUCAAGUCUGCUGGCAAGGGACAUAAAUCGAAAGUCUCACUGCGGGAGCUUGCGAAGGCGAGGGAUGACCGAUAUGAGGAAUACCAACGAGCGUUAAACGAAAACCAUUCUUUUGCUGUUUCCGGGGAUGGCACUCACGAUGGACAUUGGCAAACACUCGAUGAUAGCGCCAACUCGUUUUCCGUUGUCAUCCAAAAUGGCCCUCCGCCGCAACCCCCUCCGCCACCUAUCAAAUACCCGAUUGAGGAUUUGGAUAUUCCACCCUCUCACAGCGAUAAACUCCGGCCUUCCUUGAAAUUCUUAACUGAUGAUCAACACUCAGAGCACCUGGACAUGUCGCCCCAAGAAGAUAGUUUACUGCGUGGCAAUAUCAAGAUGGAAUCUGUGGGACCUCUGCUCGAAACGUGGAACACAUUGAAUGUAUAUUGCCAGGUUCUCCAAUUAGACUCCUUCACGUUCGAUGAUUUCGUCGAGGCAAUGCAAUUUUCUUCUCACGACGUUACCUGUGAGUUAUUUGUGGAAGUACAUUGUGCCGUGUUGAAGAUGCUGGUGAAUGAGGAGAAAGAUCAAGAUGGCGCCGUUCAGAUCUCGCUACCUGCCCUUCCCGAUGAGGAGUCUGAGGAGGAAGAGGAUGACGAAUCGGGGGAAGAAGAAGCUGAAGAACCGGAGCGAGAACCGACACCGCCCAGAAGGACUACUAGAAGCAGUUAUGCGAAGGCUGAAGCGGAAAAUUUGAAGCAUCAAUUGGAAUCACGGAGCCGCUCUGGCACAGCUGAGGUACAAGUGCAUCGCGCGGCGGAUAUGUUUGGAGAGUAUGGGUGGAUCGAUCGGUUGCGGAAACGAAACUUCCAGAAAGGUGGUUGGGAACUAGUCAUGAUCGGGCUCCUUCACAGGCUAUCCUACCGACCGCGACUGCGAAAUCCUUGUGACGAGAUCCUGGCCCAUCUGGCACCGCUUGACCGUGAGCCAACGCAAGACACGGCGCAAGAGCAAUAUGUAACCCUCGACGUUAACUUGCGAGUGAGAGCUCUCCAAAUUAUCUGCAUGCUCCUGCUUGAAACGAAGGCGAUCAAGAAUUACCUCGAAGAGUGCAGUAUUCAAAUGACCGAGUUCCGUAAGGAGAAAAUCGACUACCAACGGGCUCGUAAAGCAUGUCUUGAGGAGAUUCGACGGCUGCAUGAAGAGCGUAAACAGCUUCAACCUGAAAACCCGCCAUCACCCGUUCCUGAAUUGGAGGAGCUAACGGACGUGAAAAUGACUGGUUUGGAUGACGACUCGGAGGCAGCUGCAGACACUGACGAUGAAGACGCGCACCCAGGAAGGUCCCUUCGCCGCGGGGAAGAUAGGGCCGCAGAGCGAAAACGGCGGCAAGAAGAGGAGCGGGAGCGAAAAGAACAGGCUGCUAAAUUACCCAAGGGAUCGAAACAGUAUCACCGAGUUCUGAAGAAAAUCGAAGAAGAAAAGGCCAAAGUCAAGUCAUACGAGGAACAGAUCGCCAUUCUGGACAAUGACUUGCGAGAGGCCGAUUGUCCUCGAACACGUGUUUUGGGUAAAGACCGGUUUUGGAAUCGAUAUUACUGGUUCGAGCGGAACGCGAUGCCGUUUGAGGGCCUCCCGACCAGCUCAACUGCGUCUGCAAACUAUGCGAAUGGCCGAUUAUGGGUCCAGGGCCCCGACGAUAUGGAGCGGGAAGGCUUUAUUGAUUUGCCGCAGGAGGAAAAUCGAAAGUACAUCCAGCGUUUCAAGAUGACAGUGCGACAACGGAAAGAACUCGAGGAGGGUCCUGCGGGGGUUUUUAAUGCGCAGGAAUGGGGUUACUAUGACGAUCCGGAGUCCCUGGAUCAGCUUCUCGCCUGGCUUGACGCUCGCGGUGUCCGAGAAGUGAAACUGCGCAAGGAGCUGCAGUUGUAUCGGGAUAGCAUCGCCAAGUACAUGCGGAAUCGCACAGAGUAUCUUGGUAAGAACGCCGAGGAGAAGAAGAGCGCAGAGUCGGAGGAAGAAGAGCCAGCGGCGAUAACGACGAUGUCGACACGGAUGUCUAGACGGACGAAAUCGUCCGGAGGGCAGGACUUGUCGAGUCGAUAUCGCUAUCGCUGUCUGAAAUGGAAGAACGGCGCUGCAUUGCGGGAAAAUGGGCAUUUGCACGUCGAGCCGGCGCGGCCGACGAAGAAGGCUAAGCGGUCUACGGUUGUGGCUACGACUACGGCUGUGGCGGUGGAUGAGACGAAGGAGAGGGAGAGGGAGAGGGAGAAGGAGAAGGAGGGCAAGCCAACGAAUCGACAUGGAAAGCCGCUUACGAGGCAGGGGACCAGGUAUCAGUUUUGA